AUGUCUUCCAUCUCAAUCGCAACUCUACCACGCAUGAACCGCGAUGCUCUCUCGGCACUCCUCCUUAAAGGCAUUUCAGCCGACAAACUAGCAAUCGUGGAUGUUCGAGACUCGGAUCAUAUUGGUGGACACAUCAAGUCCUCAACGUGGGUACCCAGCUCCAGCCUAGACGUGCGUCUGCCCGAACUUCUUCGCACUCUCAAGGACAUGGACACGGUAGUCUUCCACUGUGCUCUCAGCCAGCAGCGUGGCCCGUCUGCAGCUCUUCGCUACCUGCGAGAACGUGAGCGUAUUCUGGGAGAGGAAGAAUGCAAGAAGCAGGAGGUUUAUGUGUUAGAAGGUGGCUUCGUGCAGUGGCAGGACAAGUAUGGGAAUGAUGAGAGGUUGACUGAGGCCUAUGUUGCUGAUAUCUGGAGGGAAUAUUAA